UUGAUUCAGUGGGGGUGUCAGUUGUUGAUUCAGUGGAGGUGUCAGUUGUUGAUUCAGUGGGGGUGUCAGUGGUUGAUUCAGUGGGAGUGUCAGUUGUUGAUUCAGUGGGGGUGUCAGUGAUUGAUUCAGUAGAAGUGUCAGUUGUUGAUUCAGUGGGAGUGUCAGUUGUUGAUUCAGUGGGAGUGUCAGUUGUUGAUUCAGUGGGGGUGUCAGUGGUUGAUUCAGUAGGGAUGUCAGUAGUUGAUUCAGUGGAAGUGUCAGUGGAGGUGUCAGUGGAGGUGUCAGUGGAGCUGUCAGUGGAGGUGCCAGUGGAGGUGUCAGUGGAUGUGUCAGUGGAGGUGUCAGUGGAGGUGACAGUGGAGGAAUCAGUGGAGGUGUCAGUGGAGGUGUCAGUGGAGGUGUCAGUGGAAGUGUCAGUGGAGGUGUCAGUGGAGGUGUCAGUGGAUGUGUCAGUGGAAGUGUCAGUGGAGGUGUCAGUGGAGGUGUCAGUGGAGGUGUCAGUGGAGGUGUCAGUGGAGGUGACAGUGGAGGUGUCAGUGGAGGUGUCAGUGGAGGUGUCUGUGGAGGUGUCAGUGGAGGUGUCAGUGAAGGUGACAGGGGAUGUGUCAGUGGAUGUGUCAGUGGAAGUGUCAGUGGAGGUGUCAGUGGAGGUGUCAGUGGAGGUGUCAGUGGAGGUGUCAGUGGAGGUGUCAGUGGAUGUGUCAGUGGAGGUGUCAGUGGAGGUGUCAGUGGAGGUGACAGUGGAGGAGUCAGUGGAGGUGUCAGUGGAGGUGUCAGUGGAGGUGUCAGUGGAGGUGUCAAUGGAUGUGUCAGUGGAAGUGUCAGUGGAGGUGUCAGUGGAUGUGUCAGUGGAAGUGAGAGUGGAGGUGUCAGUGGAGGUGUCAGUGGAGGUAUCAGUGGAGGUGUCAGUGGAGGUAUCAGUGGAAGUGUCAGUGGAGGUGUCAGUGGAGGUAUCAGUGGAGAUGUCAGUGGAGGUGUCAGUGGAGGUGACAGUGGAGGUGUCAGUGGAUGUGUCAGUGGAAGUGUCAGUGGAGGUGUCAGUGGAGGUGACAGUGGAGGUGUCAGUGGAUGUGUCAGUGGAAGUGUCAGUGGAGGUGUCAGUGGAAGUAUCAGUGGAGGUGUCAGUGGAAGUGUCAGUGGAGGUGUCAGUGGAGGUGUCAGUGGAUGUGUCAGUGGAAGUGUCAGUGGAGGUGUCAGUGGAGGUGUCAGUGGAUGUGUCAGUGGAAGUGUCAGUGGAGGUGUCAGUGGAGGUGUCAGUGGAGGUGACAGUGGAGGUGUCAGUGGAGGUGUCAGUGGAGGUGUCAGUGGAGGUGUCAGUGGAGGUGACAGUGGAGGAGUCAGUGGAGGUGUCAGUGGAGGUGUCAGUGGAGGUGUCAGUGGAAGUGUCAGUGGAGGUGUCAGUGGAGGUGUCAGUGGAUGUGUCAGUGGAAGUGUCAGUGGAGGUGUCAGUGGAGGUGUCAGUGGAUGUGUCAGUGGAAGUGAGAGUGGAGGUGUCAGUGGAGGUGUCAGUGGAGGUAUCAGUGGAGGUGUCAGUGGAGGUAUCAGUGGAAGUGUCAGUGGAGGUGUCAGUGGAGGUAUCAGUGGAGAUGUCAGUGGAGGUGUCAGUGGAGGUGUCAGUGGAUGUGUCAGUGGAGGUGACAGUGGAGGUGUCAGUGGAUGUCUCAGUGGAAGUGUCAGUGGAAGUGUCAGUGGAGGUGUCAGUGGAGGUGUCAGUGGAGGUGUCAGUGGAAGUGUCAGUGGAGGUGUCAGUGGAGGUGACAGUGGAGGUGUCAGUGGAGGUGUCAGUGGAGGUGUCUGUGGAGGUGUCAGUGGAGGUGUCAGUGGAGGUGUCAGUGGAGGUGACAGUGGAUGUGUCAGUGGAUGUGUCAGUGGAAGUGUCAGUGGAGGUGUCAGUGGAGGUGUCAGUGGAGCUGUCAGUGGAGGUGCCAGUGGAUGUGUCAGUGGAUGUGUCAGUGGAUGUGUCAGUGGAGGUGACAGUGGAGGAGUCAGUGGAGGUGUCAGUGGAGGUGUCAGUGGAGGUGUCAGUGGACGUGUCAGUGGAUGUGUCAGUGGAAGUGUCAGUGGAGGUGUCAGUGGAGGUGUCAGUGGAGGUGUCAGUGGAAGUGUCAGUGGAGGUGUCAGUGGAGGUGUCAGUGGAUGUGUCAGUGGAGGUGUCAGUGGAGGUGUCAGUGGAGGUGUCAGUGGAGGUAUCAGUGGAGGUGUCAGUGGAUAUGUCAGUGGAUAUGUCAGUGGAAGUGUCAGUGGAGGUGUCAGUGGAAGUGUCAGUGGAGGUGUCAGUGGAGGUGUCAGUGGAGGUGUCAGUGGAGGUGUCAGUGGAGGUGUCAGUGGAGGUGUCAGUGGAGGUGUCAGUGGAGGUGUCAGUGGAGGUGUCAGUGGAGGUGACAGUGGAGGUGUCAGUGGAGGUGUCAGUGGAGGUGUCAGUGGAGGUGUCAGUGGAGGUGUCAGUGGAGGUGUCAGUGGAUGUGUCAGUGGAAGUGUCAGUGGAGGUGUCAGUGGAGGUGACAGUGGAGGUGUCAGUGGAGGUGUCAGUGGAGGUGUCAGUGGAGGUGUCAGUGGAGGUGUCAGUGGAGGUGUUAGUGGAGGUGACAGUGGAGGUGUCAGUGGAGGUGUCAGUGGAGGUGUCUGUGGAGGUGUCAGUGGAGGUGUCAGUGGAGGUGACAGUGGAUGUGUCAGUGGAUGUGUCAGUGGAAGUGUCAGUGGAGGUGUCAGUGGAGGUGUCAGUGGAGGUGUCAGUGGAGCUGUCAGUGGAGGUGCCAGUGGAUGUGUCAGUGGAUGUGUCAGUGGAUGUGUCAGUGGAGGUGACAGUGGAGGAGUCAGUGGAGGUGUCAGUGGAGGUGUCAGUGGACGUGUCAGUGGAUGUGUCAGUGGAAGUGUCAGUGGAGGUGUCAGUGGAGGUGUCAGUGGAGGUGUCAGUGGAAGUGUCAGUGGAGGUGUCAGUGGAGGUGUCAGUGGAUGUGUCAGUGGAGGUGUCAGUGGAGGUGUCAGUGGAGGUGUCAGUGGAGGUAUCAGUGGAGGUGUCAGUGGAUGUGUCAGUGGAUAUGUCAGUGGAAGUGUCAGUGGAGGUGUCAGUGGAAGUGUCAGUGGAGGUGUCAGUGGAGGUGUCAGUGGAGGUGUCAGUGGAGGUGUCAGUGGAGGUGUCAGUGGAGGUGUCAGUGGAGAUGUCAGUGGAGGUGUCAGUGGAGGUGUCAGUGGAGGUGUCAGUGGAGGUGUCAGUGGUGGUGUCAGUGGAGGUGUCAGUGGAAGUAUCAGUGGAAGUGUCAGUGGAAGUGUCAGUGGAGGAGUCAGUGGAGGUGUCAGUGGAGGUAUCAGUGGAGGUGUCAGUGGAGGUGUCAGUGGAGGUGACAGUGGAAGUGUCAGUGGAAGUGUCAGUGGAGGUGUCAGUGGAGGUGACAGUGGAGGUGUCAGUGGAUGUGUCAGUGGAAGUGUCAGUGGAGGUGUCAGUGGAGGUGUCAGUGGAUGUGUCAGUGGAAGUGUCAGUGGAGGUGUCAGUGGAGGUGACAGUGGAGGUGUCAGUGGAGGUGUCAGUGGAGGUGUCAGUGGAGGUGACAGUGGAGGUGUCAGUGGAGGUGUCUGUGGAGGUGUCUGUGGAGGUGUCAGUGGAGGUGUCAGUGGAGGUGACAGUGGAUAUGUCAGUGGAUGUGUCAGUGGAGGUGUCAGUGGAGGUGUCAGUGGAGCUGUCAGUGGAGCUGUCAGUGGAGGUGCCAAUGGAGGUGUCAGUGGAUGUGUCAGUGGAGGUGUCAGCGGAGGUGUCAGUGGAGGUGACAGUGGAGGAGUCAGUGGAUGUGUCAGUGGAGGUGUCAGUGGAGGUGUCAGUGGAAGUGUCAGUGGAAGUGUCAGUGGAAGUGUCAGUGGAGGUGUCAGUGGAGGUGUCAGUGGAAGUGUCAGUGGAGGUGUCAGUGGAGGUGUCAGUGGAGGUGACAGUGGAGGUGUCAGUGGAGGUGUCAGUGGAGGUGUCUUUGGAGGUGUCAGUGGAGGUGUCAGUGGAGGUGACAGUGGAUGUGUCAGUGGAUGUGUCAGUGGAAGUGUCAGUGGAGGUGUCAGUGGAGGUGUCAGUGGAGGUGCCAGUGGAGGUGUCAGUGGAUGUGUCAGUGGAGGUGUCAGUGGAGGUGUCAGUGGAGGUGACAGUGGAGGUGUCAGUGGAAGUGUCAGUGGAGGUGUCAGUGGAGGUGUCAGUGGAGGUGUCAGUGGAGGUGUCAGUGGAGGUGUCAGUGGAGGUGUCAGUGGAUGUGUCAGUGGAAGUGAGAGUGGAGGUGUCAGUGGAGGUGUCAGUGGAGGUAUCAGUGGAGGUGUCAGUGGAGGUAUCAGUGGAAGUGUCAGUGGAAGUGUCAGUGGAGGUGUCAGUGGAGGUAUCAGUGGAGGUGUCAGUGGAUGUGUCAGUGGAGGUGACAGUGGAGGUGUCAGUGGAUGUGUCAGUGGAAGUGUCAGUGGAGGUGUCAGUGGAGGUGACAGUGGAGGUGUCAGUAGAGGUGUCAGUGGAAGUGUCAGUGGAGGUGUCAGUGGAGGUGUCAGUGGAUGUGUCAGUGGAAGUGUCAGUGGAGGUGUCAGUGGAGGUGACAGUGGAGGUGUCAGUGGAGGUGUCAGUGGAGGUGACAGUGGAGGUGUCAGUGGAGGUGUCAGUGGAGGUGUCUGUGGAGGUGUCAGUGGAGGUGUCAGUGGAGGUGACAGUGGAUGUGUCAGUGGAUGUGUCAGUGGAUAUGUCAGUGGAAGUGUCAGUGGAGGUGUCAGUGGAGGUGUCAGUGGAAGUGUCAGUGGUGUCAGUGGAGGUGAGAGUGGAGGUGUCAGUGGAUGUGUCAGUGGAAGUGUCAGUGGAGGUGACAGUGGAGGUGUCAGUAGAAGUGACUGUGGAGGUGUCAGUGGAGGUGUCAGUGGAGGUGUCAGUGGAGGUGACAGUGGAGGUGUCAGUGGAAGUGUCUGUGGAGGUGUCAGUGGAGGUGUCAGUGGAGGUGACAGUGGAUGUGUCAGUGGAUAUGUCAGUGGAGGUGUCAGUGGAGCUGUCAGUGGAGGUGUCAGUGGGUGUGUCAGUGGAUGUGUCAGUGGAGGUGUCAGUGGAGGUGUCAGUGGAGGUGUCAGUGGAGGUGAGAGUGGAGGUGUCAGUGGAGGUGUCAGUGGAGGUGUCUGUGGAGGUGUCAGUGGAGGUGUCAGUGGAGGUGACAGUGGAUGUGUCAGUGGAUGUGUCAGUGGAGGUGUCAGUGGAGCUGUCAGUGGAGGUGUCAGUGGAUGUGUCAGUGGAGGUGUCAGUGGAGGUGUCAGUGGAGGUGUCAGUGGAGGUGACAGGGGAGGAGUUAGUGGAGGUGUCAGUGGAGGUGUCAGUGGAGGUGACAGUGGCGGUGUCAGUGGAUGUGUCAGUGGAAGUGUCAGUGGAGGUGUCAGUGGAGGUGUCAGUGGAAGUGUCAGUGGAGGUGUCAUUGGAGGUAUCAGUGGAUGUGUCAGUGGAAGUGUCAGUGGAGGUGUCAGUGGAGGUGUCAGUGGAGGUAUCAGUGGAGGUGUCAGUGGAUGUGUCAGUGGAAGUGUCAGUGGAGGUGUCAGUGGAGGUGUCAGUGGAAGUGUCAGUGGAGGUGUCAGUGGAGGUGACAGUGGAGGUGUCAGUGGAUGUGUCAGUGGAAGUGUCAGUGGAGGUGUCAGUGGAGGUGUCAGUGGAUGUGUCAGUGGAAGUGUCAGUGGAGGUGUCAGUGGAGGUGUCAGUGGAUGUGUCAGUGGAAGUGUCAGUGGAGGUGUCAGUGGAGGUGUCAGUGGAGGUAUCAGUGGAGGUGUCAGUGGAGGUGUCAGUGGAAGUGUCAGUGGAGGUGUCAGUGGAGGUGUCAGUGGAAGUGUCAGUGGAGGUGUCAGUGGAGGUGACAGUGGAGGUGUCAGUGGAUAUGUCAGUGGAAGUGUCAGUGGAGGUGUCAGUGGAGGUGUCAGUGGAGGUGACAGUGGAUGUGUCAGUGGAGGUGAGAGUGGAGGUGUCAGUGGAGGUGUCAGUGGAGGUGUCAGUGGAGGUGUCAGUGGAGGUGACAGUGGAGGUGUCAAUGGAGGUGUCAGUGGAGGUGUCAGUGAAUGUGACAGUGGAGGUGUCAGUGGAGGUGUCAGUGGAGGUGUCUGUGGAGGUGUCAGUGGAGGUGACAGUGGAGGUGUCAGUGGAGGUGUCAGUGGAGGUGUCUGUGGAGGUGUCAGUGGAGGUGUCAGUUGAGGCGACAGUGGAUGUGACAGUGGAUGUGUCAGUGGAAGUGUCAGUGGAGGUGUCAAUGGAGGUGUCAGUGGAGGUGUCAGUGAAGCUGUUAGUGGAGCUGGCAGUGGAUGUGUCAGUGGAUGUGUCAGUGGAGAUGUCAGUGGAUGUGUCAGUGGAGGUGUCAGUGGAGGUGUCAGUUGAUGUGUCAGUGGAGAUGUCAGUGGAUGUGUCAGUGGAGGUGUCAGUGGAGGUGUCAGUGGAUGUGUCACUGGAGGUGUCAGUGGAAGUGUCAGUGGAGGUGACAGUGGAGGUGUCAGUGAAUGCGUCAGUGGAGGUGUCAGUGGAGGUGACAGUGGAGGUAACAGUGGAGCUGUCAGUGGAGGUGACAGUGGAGAUGUCAGUGGACGUGACAGUGGAGGUGUCAGUGGAGGUGUCAGUGGAGGUGACAGUGGAGGUGUCAGUGGAGGAGUCAGUGGAGGUGUCAGUGGAUGUGUCAGUGGAAGUGUCAGUGGAGGUGUCAGUGGAAGUGUCAGUGGAGGUGUCAGUGGAGGUGUCAGUGGAUGUGUCAGUGGAAGUAUCAGUGGAGGUGUCAGUGGAGGUGUCAGUGGAGGUGUCAGUGGAGGGGUUAGUGGAGGUGUCAGUGGAGGUGUCAGUGGAGGUGUCAGUGGAGGCGUCAGUGGAGGUGACAGUGGAGGUGACAGUGGAGGUGACAGUGAAGGUGUCAGUGAAGGUGCCUGUUGAAAUAAACAACAUUUUGGGUGAAUAA